AUGGCAGCAGACAAAAUCAGGCAGGCGAUGAAGGAGGAGAUGUCAAAAAAGUUAAUCAGCCUGAAAAUUGAUUCCGCCUCACGUCACAACCGUAGCGUUCUGGGAAUCAACGUCCAGUACUGCUUGUCAGACGUUGUUGUCAUUCGUACUCUGGCAAUGCUAGAAGUUUCUCAACGCCAAACUGCAAGUUUUCUCAAAACAAGAAUUCUUGAAGCUCUGAAGAUUUACGGUGUAUCUCUUGACCAAGUGUUCUCCGUGACUGUCGACAAUGGAGCAAAUAUGUGUGCUGCUGUGAGAGAGCUGAAAGUAGAAUUUGAACGAGCCAUGAUAACAGAGGUAAUGAUUGAGCAGGACGAUAACGAAGAUCAAGAUAAUGUGCAGCGAAAACUAUCGGCUGGCUUACUUGAUGAGUUUCAAAAUCAAAUAAACCUCAUUCGGUGCUCCGUUCAUACGCUUCAAUUGGCCAUUCUCGACGUAGUAAACAAGUCGAAUGAAAGUGUCAAGGCAGUGACAGAAAUAGCGAAACGAACUAAGAACGUCAAAUACAAAACCAACUUUAAGGAGUCGUCGGCGUCAUAUCCACCGGUCUGGAAUGUCACACGGUGGUGUGGCAUUUACCAUAUGAUGCAGAGCUUUGUCUCUCAGGAAAACUUCUUCAAACAGCUGGCAGAAGAGUAUCCAGAGUUAGAUCUGACAGAACAGUGGCCGUUCAUUCAAGAUUACCAACAUGCAUUCAAACCUCUUUAUAUCUGUACCAAAACGAUGCAGGAAGCUCACGUUACUUUGCCGGAUUUAUACAAGCAGUGGCUAAUGGCUCUAAGUGAAGUCCGCAAACUGUCAAAUAACCAAUUCGCUGCAUCUCUACAUGAAUCAUUGACAAAACGAUUGACAAAUCUUCGCAACUCACAAGCAUUCAAAAUGGCACUAUAUUUAGACCCACGCUUCAAUUUCUGUGGAUCCAAACUAUUCACCGCAGGGGAGAAGGCGGAGAUCCAGGAAUACAUUAUUAGCCUGUACGAAAGAAUUCGUCGGCUUCGUCCACCAACAUCUACGGAUAACACUACUUCACUCAACGUUUCUUCGACAUCUGAAUCAACAUCUGAUUCAUAUGGUGGCUUUGAUGAUGUUAUGACGGAACUGUUUGGAGGGUCAUUGAUCUCGAAUGAAGGUUCAAGCACGUCCAGAUUUAUGAAACAGCUUAAGGCUCUCGAAGCAGAAGAACGGCAAGGUCACAAUUACGAUGUAUGGAAUCACUGGUUAGCACGGAAACACACACAUCCUGAGCUGUACGCUGUAGCAAUGGUUGUGCUUGCCGCACCUUCGAGCCAGGCAUCUGUCGAACGCUCAUUCAGCGCGCUAGGCUUGAUUUUGACUGAUUCUCGUACAGGACUGGGUGAAGAGACAUUGUCGAAUAUACUGAUGAUCAAGCUCAAUAGGGAUCUGUUUCAGAAAAUUCUUCCAGGUCUGUAUGAUUGGAAGACUUUUGAGUCAGAAGAACCUGAAAGCUUGCCAACCGAUACUUCUUCGUAAAUCUCUACAGUUACCAGAUUUUCAAUGGUAACAUCUAUUGAAUUUUACUCACUCAUACUUGUUUUGCUACUUGAUGCAUAAGUCAGAAUAAAAGAAUUUUAAUCCAUAUACACGAAGCGUUAUAGAAACAAGUUUCACAAACCAAUCCAAAACUAUCACAGCUUAAAUGCAGAUUAUACCUCAGUAAUGAAUCACAAUUGCAUUACUAUUACGCAUAUAUGAGUGUAACGUUUAAGCAAAGACGUUUCCGAUUUCUUUUGUAUUUUUACGCAUCAGCAACACUCUGCUCAAAUUGCGUAUCAUAAAUCACACUCCGAUACAGUAUACAUUCGAUAAUUGCAAUUGCGUCGUAGCCAACUGUUCGGUCAUGGACUCGCUAAUGGUCAAUUUUUGCGUUAUGUAAUUUGCGAAACCCUAAACCAAAUGGAAUUAUUUCCAACCACGAAUCAUGCGUUCGUGUUCGUGACAACUAACAACGAGACCCUAAUAAUUAUUGUAUUUGAUCCGGAACGCGGUAUAUUUAUAGAUUAACUCGCAUAGGGGCGAUUCAAAUAUGAC